CUUCAGUCUUAAAGAGCCCUAUCCUGACCAUGGAGAGCUUCAUUCCUCUCACUCUCUCUCUCACUGUCUCUCGAUCUUAGCUCUCCCACUCUCUCUGUCUCUCUCCCUCUCUCUCUUUCACCCCCUUUACCUGUCUCUCACACAUACAUACACAAACAUACCCAUACAUUCGCAGACAGGGGGUUUGGGCAGUGCUGAAAGUGGUUUCUCUGUGCCUCUGCUGCUCUCCUACCUUUUGGGGUGAAUUGUUGUCAGUUCUUUCUCUUCCUCUCGCUGUGAUUCCUGGAAUGCUAAAACUGGACUGAUGGAUAUUUCAGAACUUUGUAUCCCAGACCCUAUCAGCUAUCACAACCAGCUGCUUAACAGAAUGGCCGCUGAUGACCGACACUUGACCUCAAGCUGCGGGUCAUACAUCAAAACAGAACCGUCCAGUCCUUCAUCCGUCAUCGACACGGUCAGCCACCACAGUCCCAGCGGCUCCUCUGACGCCAGCGGGGGAUAUGGCAUCGUCAUGAACGGUCACUCCAACGGCCUUGACUCACCGCCCAUGUUCACUGCUACGGGGCUAGGGGGCGGGGCCUGCCGCAAGCGCUAUGAUGACUGCUCCAGCACCAUCAUGGAGGACUCUUCCACUAAGUGCGAGUACAUGUUGAACUCCAUUCCCAAGAGACUCUGCCUCGUCUGUGGAGAUAUUGCAUCUGGGUAUCACUAUGGCGUGGCCUCUUGUGAGGCCUGCAAAGCCUUUUUUAAAAGGACAAUACAAGGUAAUAUUGAAUACAGCUGUCCAGCCACAAAUGAGUGUGAGAUCACAAAACGGAGACGCAAGUCAUGCCAGGCCUGUCGCUUUAUGAAGUGUCUUAAAGUUGGGAUGCUGAAGGAAGGUGUGCGUCUGGAUCGUGUUCGGGGAGGGCGACAGAAGUAUAAGAGGAGGAUGGAUGCUGAAAACAGCACCUAUCUGAGCCUGACACUGCCACCCCCAGCAAAAAAACCAUUAACAAAGAUCGUCUCUCACCUGUUGGUGGCGGAGCCAGAGAAGAUCUAUGCCAUGCCAGACCCCACAGUGCCAGAGAGUGACAUCAAGGCUCUCACCACCCUGUGUGACCUGGCGGACAGAGAGCUGGUCGUUAUAAUUGGAUGGGCCAAACAUAUCCCAGGUUUUUCGAACCUGUCACUGGGAGAUCAGAUGAGCCUCCUGCAGAGUGCCUGGAUGGAGAUCCUGAUCCUGGGCAUCGUGUUCCGCUCGCUGCCCUACGAGGACGAGCUGGUCUACGCAGAGGACUACAUCAUGGAUGAGGAGCACUCGCGCCUCACCGGCCUGCUCGACCUCUACGUGUCCAUCCUGCAGUUGGUGCGCAAGUUCAAGAAGCUCAAGAUGGAGAAGGAGGAGUUUGUCACGCUCAAAGCAAUCGCACUUGCCAACUCAGAUUCUAUGCACAUAGAAGAUGUGGAGGCGGUACAGAAGCUCCAGGACGCUCUGCAUGAGGCCCUGCAGGACUACGAGGAUAGCCAGCACCAGGAGGACCCUCGACGGACAGGCAAGCUCCUGAUGACCCUCCCCCUCCUCCGCCAGACCGCCACCAAAGCAGUGCAACACUUUUACAGCAUCAAACUACAGGGCAAAGUUCCCAUGCACAAACUCUUUCUGGAAAUGUUAGAAGCAAAAGUCUGACUGAAGACCCUGACUACUGCUUAACCACAACGUCGAGAGUGAGAGGCAGAUGAAAAAAAAAACUCUGGAAUAAAGACUUUGUGAAAACAAAACAAAAAAUAAAUAAAUAAACUGAGAAAUUAUUAACAAACAAAUGAUGCAGAUUAAUUUAAAAUAUAUAAUAAUACUAUGUACAGUGGUAAGAGGUAAGAUACUUUUUUUUGUUUGUUUUCAUGGUCUGUGGUCAUAAAAGAAAAAAUACACAGUACACAAAGUCUCUUAGUGGGAAACCUCUUCCCUCCUCCCCUCGUUUUGAAAUAAAGUGUGUGUGUGUGCCAUUGUGAUUAACUAACUAAUGCUGAUUUACACCUAAACUAUUACAAAUGAUCAAUGAUCAGCUAUUAAAAAGUCAGUCCUUUUUUUAUUAAUUAAAAACCAACAAAACCAAAAGCUAGACUACAUGAAGAGACAAAAUUACCUGAUAGAUAAUAAUCAUUGUGAGCCAAAUACAAGUGCAAUUGCAGAAGGACAAGGCAAGUUGCUAUAUCUAGAUAAGGUGGAGUGUAUUGUUGCCACAAUGAACUAAAGACAUUGCUUGAAUAUUAACUGUAAUUUAAAUUAGUUAUGUACUGUAUAAGCUAAGCCACAAUUGCAAAAAGUUCUAAGAUUCUAAGCGCAGGGCAUCAACAAACAGAACUACUGUCUAAACUACAAACCUGGUUGUAUAGUAAUGCCCCAGCCAUUCUUCUAACAGCCUAAUUUUCAUCCUGGCUGUGAACAUACCACAGCAUCUCAACAGCCUGCAUUUCAGGUGCUGCCUUGUCUUCCGGCCACAGACCACAAGCUUUUUCUAUUUAACCAAACUGGAGGUGAUAAUAUAAUUGGGUUUAUUUUACUUUGUUGUACAAAAAAAAUGUGUAGAAUAAUGGUGUUUAAUCUUAGAAAGUGAUCCCCCCAUAAAUAUUUAUGAUGUGCUGUCUACUUUUUGGCCACUGUGUAAAUAGACAUUGCUGAGAAUUCAUCUAGCAAUAUCUAUGUUUUUUGUUAAGAAAACUGUGAAUCAUUCUGUUAUAUAUCGUAUUCAGUUCCAGAUUAUGGUGCUGUUUGAGAAGCGGUGGCAACAGACAGUGCAAGUCUGAAAUGGCAGUGUAAUGCUCUCAAUAGAAAAACAAAGUGUACAAACUUCACACCACUUUUAUGUGUUGAGAUCCAAUGGGGCAAGCUAAUUACAAUGUAACACAGUUGUAUGUGUAAUAACAGUGUAAUACAUGUUAAUACGUCAUAUGUAGGGUGUCUCUUAUUGUAUAGGAGAUACCAGCUGCAGUUUAGGGUGAGAGCACUGCAGACUGAAGCUAAUUGAAAUGAGGAGGCACCCUACACGCAAUGGAUUAACUUAAUGUAAAUCACAAGAAUGAAGAUUAUACUCAGAAAUAGCUUUAAAAUGAAAAAUAACUUUUAUUUCCCCCCCUCCUCUGGUCGUGAAAUGGUUCAGUUCAAAAUCAACUGCAAUAGACCCUGAAUAAUGCGUGUAGGCCAACAGGUGCUGUGUUGUGGUGAGAGUAUUUAUUAAAAACAGAAGCACUGCUGCAGAAACGUGUGUUUUUAAAAGCUUCCAGUGAUUUAUUUAUUUAUUUUUUGGUUUCUUUUUUGUUUUUUUUGAGUUAGUUAUGGUGUUCUAUGCACAGAGUGACAUCUGUCUAUUGGAUAAGAUUACUAGAAUUUUGGCAAAUACUUCACUGUGAUUGGUUGAUACACUACAGUGUAUAGUAACUACACAUAUUUAACUAUUGCCACUUAAUUGUAACAUCAGGAUCCCCAAGCUUGCCUUCUUAGAGUAUGUACAGAAGCAUACAGUGUCACUUGUAGCAAAUGGGCAGUGAAAUACUGUUUAGCUGAACAUCUCAGGAAGAGAACAAUGUAUUCAAAUCAAUUUGUGCAGUUUUGUGUAGACUAUUAAUCUUAGAUUUCAAAAACACAAUAUAUAAUGUAGCAAAAACAUCUUUUUAUUGACUACAAUGAAAACCUUUUGAAGUCCAUAUUUAAAAAAGCUGCAUCCCGCAGUCGUUUUCACAAAAAGAAAAUAUUUUUCUGUAUGGUUUAAAAAAAAAAAAAACAGAUAGAUUUACAGUAUGGUACUCAGACAUUAGGGCUGUGUGACUUGCAUCCUCUGUUGUUAGCCUAACUAAGCUUUCAAAAAACAAACACUGUGUCAACCUUACAAAUGCAUUUAAUGCCAAAUGUAUUCGUCUUACUGUCCAUCCCCCCCCCCCCCCCAAAAAAAAAAACCCUUGAUGACUGUUACUGCUGUCAAACUGAUGUUUAAUCUUAUUUCAGGUUUUAAGACACACAAAAUGUGAGAUGUUAUUCCUUCUUUUUUUAAUUUAAAUUAAAAAAAAACAACAACAACAAAAAAAGACUACUUUUGGAAUGAUCGUUGAAGAAUCGUGUUACUUGAUACUGUGUUCUAAUGUUAAAGUAAAGGACCUUGUAAGUCAAUGCACACAGAAGCUAAAUACUUUGAUCCACCCACUUGCAAACACAUUCAUCUGCUUCACAAAUGCUUUUAGUGAUUCUGGUAAUUUGAUGACACGUGUCUUUAAGUUAUAAAAGCCAUAGGAAGAUUUACAUAUUGACUCAUGCACACAUGCGUAUUUUAAGGCUAGUGAAAUUCUACAAAACACACAUGCCUGGAAGAUGCUGCUGGCGUGUCAUUAAACAGCUCUGGUCUGGAGAUGAUUGCUGAGAAGGAGGAACCAGACACUCAAGGAAAAUAAAAAUCUAACUUUCUAGAACUAGAGGAUUCUGGGACUUUGAAUUCCCAGAUCUAUAUACUUCUAAGGGCAAUUUAAGACAAUUAUAUUAAAAGAAAAACUAGUACAAGAACAUAAACGAAAAAUCUGUUUCAUAAUUUAUUUUAAGUAGCUAAAAUGGUAUAUACCCAAUUAAUUAUAAUCAUUUUCUAAACCGAAAUUCUCAAAAGAAAUAGGACAAUUAAAGGAGUACUGCAUUUGGUUUUAUCUGUCUUGGGGAUGGCCAGAAUGUGGAAGCAGAUGAUUUCUCUUCUUGUUUCAUUUUCCGUGGUCCUUUUUAUUCCAUUUGCACUAGCCCUAACACAAUGGCAGCUCUGGUAUUUCAAAUUAACAGAAAUAUAUUAUUUUGAGUUGCGUUUGUGAAUGUGUUCAUUCCAACAAACAGGCCACUUUCAUCGCUAUGUGCUGUAUAUAAAAAACUAAGAAAAAAAAAAACCUGUUUAAAAUACAAUUUGGUGCAUAUGAAUAACAAAACUCUUUGUUUGAAGUGCCCUACUUUUUGCAUUUAAAACCAUUUUCAAUAUACAGGGUUUUUUAAAUUGCAUUUAAUGUCAAACAUCAUCCAUAACUUUAAACAAGGUAGAACUGUAAGAUAGUAAGUAUAUGAACAUUUCGGGAUAAUCCUUUGUCAGUGUAACCCUAAACGUCCUUGUAGUGAUGCAGCAACAAUCAAAUUUAUACAGAAUUUAGCAGAAUAAAGCCAACAAUAUUGCAUAAUGUUGUUAGUUCACCUCAUUUGGUAAAAAUGUGGCUGUCUUUUUUUUUCUUUGAGGUUGGUGUUCUCAUUUAAUUUUCAUAUAUAUUAAUAUUCAAUUUUCAUUACUAACAUUUGCAGAUUAGUCUGGCCGUAAAUGGAAAUUCUAACUCAAAUUGUGACAUGAUUACACAUUAUUAAAUCAAAUAAAUCUAAUUUCAGAUUUUUUUUUUUUUUUAAUUGAGUAGUCGUCAAUUCAUUUUUAACCCGUUUUUCUCCCAGUUUGAAAUGCCCACUUUUACUUAGGCUCAGCCUUCCGCUACCACCCCUGCCCUGACUCAGAAGUGGCAAAGACGAACACAUGUUGUCCUUCGAAACGUGUGCCGUCAGCUGUCAAUGUUUAAGAACGCAGUAUUUGGUUGCAAUGUAAUUCGUUCCUGUUGUACGUACUGCUUAAAUGAAAUUAGGUGAAAAUGUGAUGCUGUGUAUCUAUCUAUAGCAGUACACUGAAUCACAUUGCUAAAAUAAUGUAUUUAACUGGAGAAAACUAUUACGCAAUUCAAAGAAGGAAAUAAUCUGUGAUCUCCCUCUGUGAAAGCAGACACCGGUUCCACUGUCACAUUGUCCCUUUAUUAUUUGGUUUUUUGUUGGUUGGUUGUUUUUCAGCUUUCACUCUUGCCUCUAUAAAGGCAUCAUAUUCAAAUGAUCAUUAUGUUCUGCUGUGUAGAGUUUCAUGACAAUGUCUUGUGCUGUACUUUUGGUGUCCUGUGCACUUCAAAUCAUGUGUAACUGUGAAAAA